CACACUAAUCGUGCGCGUGACGUAUUCACUUCGAUAGUCUCACCUUAUUUGUGUUGUGUUUGUUAUCGUUUCUGGGCGUUUAUUGUGAUUUCACAAAGGCAAUUAUGCUACAUCACCACGCACUUUUAUUCAAAACGCAACACGUUGAACGUGUGCAUACCUGUUACUUCAGUGUUGUUGCCACGACCACGGUGUAUUAGUUUAGCCACAACAUUUUGACUUCAAAGUUGAGUAUAUUAAAAUUGUGGGUGUUGGGUUUGUCGCACAAUGUGAAGUGGUGCCAUUAUUUGUCCGGUUUGAUUUUAUUUCGACGACAGGGGAGCUUUCUUCAAGAGCUCAUUCAGAGCUAGUAGCAAGCAUGUCAGAAACGGGUCAGGACCACUUGGUCGACGUGGAAAACGAGGCAGGCCCAAGUACAGAAAGUGGAGUCACUCAUCGAGAGCAUGUCGACUGGAGUCUGCUACCCGAUGUCACCACGACUGUGAUAGCUUCAUAUUUGCUGCCUUGGCAACGUGGCUACAUGGCGAUGGUCUGCAGCAACUGGAACCGCGCCAUCAUGAAAUCGCCACACUUGUGGCGAACCAAGGAGUUCCGACUUCAUGGCAACUGGAGAGAUUGUCAUAACCUUGCCUAUGCUAAGAGCGUGGGGCGACACCUUAAGAGAGUGUACUGUUCGUUCGGGUUCCGAUCGCAUCGCUAUCCACGUCGCAUGCAGAAGUUCUUCACUGCCUUACUGGCAGAGCUCUAUCGUAGCGGACCCGUUCAACUUUUGGAUCUACAUGUCACCUCGAUGCAGUUCCACCGGAACUUCCAGUCGCCAGACACCCACCAUGCCAGGAAAGGUAUCAUGCGAUCCUUGAACCGGUUCCUUCGACGACAGACCAUGCUUGAGACUCUAGAUCUGAGUGAAGAUCUGUUGCGAUUGGACGAAGGUAUUGCUUUGUUGUCCUCGGUGACUGAAAAUUCAUCCUCCACUCUCAAGGUACUGUAUAUUGAUGACACUUUCCAGCAAGGGGCUGGAGUUCAUGCUGACUCAAGUUUUGCCAGAAUCAUGGGUCGUUUCACCGAGCUGGUUGAUGUGACCAUUAACUACAGCUGCAUGUCGGCGGAGCUGCUGUCUCGACUGGCCACUGCUUGCAGUUCGGCACUACAAGUUCUGAACAUCACCACUCAUCGUCAUGACAGUCACGAGCACAGCAUUGACCGAGAGGCGUGGGUCGAUUUCAGCGAAGCUUUGCCUGGGACCCACGUCACCCUGUCCAUGAGCGGCAUCGUGAGGAUGGUCGCCGUCUAUCGCAUCUUGACACCCGGUAUGCCGCUGACUAGCCUGCGCGUCUUUGGUCACAACGACGGAGGCUUCCAUCCGGAUAGGACCCUUCGCUACCUCUCUCGACAUUUUCAACACUCCAUACGCAAGAUCGUGGUAGACGUCGGCCCUGUCUACCACCCCUACGGUCGCGGAUUGCACAACCUCGUCCAGAAUUGCAAAAAGGUGGAAAACCUUCAGAUCCACGGACGCAUUUCUUGGCCGGUUCUGCGCGACGUCUUCGACUUCGUGGACGAGACGUACAUCAAGAAAGGUCUUCGACCUAGCCUGACCUAUCUCCGGGUAGUCAUCACGACGAUAGGUUUUGGCCAGGAAGAGGCGUUAGUAAUGGAGGAAUUUCGCCCGACCUUUGACCUACACAACCUUAACUACGAGCUCGUCUUCGAUCCCAUGUACCCGCUACCGCUCGGUCCCUUGGUACCUGAAGCUGAUGGCCAGCUGGUCGACGAUGGGAUCGAGGUUUGGUAAUUUGUACAAACAUUCACAAAGCUGUCGCGGUAUUUUACUCCGUGUAGGACACAACACCAAUACCUUCGAAUUCGUCGCACAAAAAUUUCUACCAGGUGUCCAGUUGUUUUUGGAUGGUGUUUGUGCAGAUCAGAAAGACGAAUCAGUGGGACCUUUUACUUGUGAAAAAAAAUCAUCCUAUUUUUGGCGCGAGAUAGUCGCGUUAGGAACAAUUAUUCGGUGAAUGCAUUAGACACGUAACUUUUGAAGAUGAUUUAUACAAUUCCUCAAGCUUAAUGUAUUUUUUCCGUGGUGGGAGGCACUUUUUAUUAUAAAAAAAAAUAUUACACCCAACUUCUUUUUUCGAACCAAUAUUGCCUGUUUUUGCUUAUUUCUCUCUUCGAACAUCUGCACGUCUAUGCAAAUCUUUCUUGUCCUCUUGAUUGAAAACCACAAUUAGGACAGACAUACUGCUGUGUCUGGUAUAAAAUGCAAAUAAUUCAAUGAACUAUAAAUAUAUAGUUUUCAUGUUAAUAUUUUAAAAAUGACUUCUUUGUCCAUCCGUGCAUACUAAGGAACUCAAUAUA